GUAGUCGCGGACAUGCGCAUUGAACUUAGCAACAUUGUAAGCAAAGGAGGCUUUUCCUUUGCUCACCAAAAGGAAAUAUUUCUGAUAACGAUAUUUUCAUGAAAUUGAUGAUUACGAAGUAGCGACACCAACGAUAGUAAUCAUGGAAGUGGAAACAAAAAAGCCCAAGGUGGGUUUCAUGACCACCAUGGACAGAGAACUGUUUCCAACGAAGAUGCCAAAUAACAGGUUUGGUAAUGAGAUAGCUCCAUUGCGAGGGGCCCCUCACAGAGGACCCGGCUGCUACGAAAAUGAAGAUAAAACCAGUUUUAUGUACAACAUUGAACACAAGAUUAACAGUACAAAGGGUUAUACUCUUGGUGCGAGAACAGCUCCAAGGAUUCCAUCAGGCUACCAGUUUGAAACUCCUUGUCCCACCGAAUAUCAGACAGAGUGUACAGAACCACGACAAUUUGUUGACGAUAAGAAGCCAUUCUUGGUUGGUGCAGACAGAUUUCCUGUUUACAAACGUGAUAUAGUUGACGUACUUCCAGGUGCUGGUACGUAUGAACAUCAGAUCCCAAAGAAUCGCAAGGUACAAUGGCACCAGUCAUUUGGAGGGACACCCAUUAUGCUUCCUAGUAUUACUAUCAGGAGCACCAUUGACCAGAACACAGACAAGCUGUACAGUACAAAAGAAGAAAAGAAAUACCACAGGAAACUGGCUUACCUUAAGUUAUACUGGGAUAAAGGGCAAUGAUAUUGCAGAAGAAAAGAAGAAAUACAAAACAUAGUUAUGAACUCUUCACCAUCACAGUGCCCUUUGUAUCACCACAGUGAUGAAGAAUGAUUUCCAGAAGGGGGAACACGUAUGUUACCACACAAUUACUUUUUUCAUUAUUGUGUUAAGGCCGAUUUAUCCAGUGUCUGGAGUGUACAUCAUUCUCUGGACACACAGCUCUGAUGGUGAUUAAUUAGGUGAAACAUCGGACUUUUAUUUGGAGUGACAAUUUAGGCAUUCUUAGUCAUGAUUAAAGGCAAUUUAUUUGCCAAAUCCAAUUUUAUUAAAAAAAAUAUAGUGUUUUAUUGAAUUACAGCCUUCAAUACUAGUCCUGGUUAUUGUAUUAACAAAUUCUAAUAUGAAAUAUGAAAAUAUUUUAAGACUUUUUUUGUACAAAGGUAUGUUGUCUGCGAUACAUUGUUAAAGAAAUUGUUUUUUCUCCAAUUAUGAUGAAAAUUUUAGUUGUAGAUUUACACAUAAUGAAUGUCAUGUACAAGAUGUCAAGUUUGUUUUCAAAUGGAAUAAUAUGCUUGUUACUGUAAAUAUUUUAUCGAGGGCCGUCCGUCCAAUAUGCAUGUUUUUUCAUUCAAUAGAUUUUAUUAAUUUUACCCUUGAUGUACAUGUCGGUAUUGGACUACUGUUUGUGUAACACUACAUGUUUGUCGAUCCUAUAAAAACAUGACAUUGUGUAAAAUAAAACAUAUAUCACAAUA